AUAUCGAAAUCAUAUAAAAUAUAAUAUACAAAAAAUUUAAUUUAAUUCCAAUAUUUAAAAAAUAAAAAAUGAAAAUUAGAAUAUAAUUAUUUUCGAUUUAUUGUAUUUCAUUUAAAGAGAAAAAAAUAUUUUAUUUACAUCGAAUUCGACUUUAAAUAAUAAAUACAUAAUACUUACUUAUGAUUUAAAUAUUAAAUAAAAUAGUAUUUUUAAAAUAAUUUCCGAAAAAAUAUUAAUGAAAAAUCUGUCAAGAUGUAUAUUGCUGAUAUAAAAAUCAAUGUUUGACACAAAGCAACGUUUUUAUUGAAAGAGGAUCGCGUCAAUGGAAAGACUAAAACACGAAAUGAAACGACAUUCGAAGGCUCGAGAGAUCAAAAGACCCUUGGCAUUCAUUAUGCCCGUAUAUAAACGUCCAUUAGUAAUUGUCUCGCUUUGCAUACUUCCAACUCAAUUUCUGAAAUCAAAUUGCUACCGUGUUUCCGUCCACCGACGAAAAUUACUCUCUUUAUUGAAUCAUGUUCUCGCGCAAGGGACACUUUGUUCUCUUGGAAAUCGUUGCGUUAUGGUUACCGAGUGAGCCACAAUCGUGUUUGUCUUCGUAUAAAAUCUAGGAAUAACUUGAUCUGAACGUAGAUUUAGUUAGUUUAGUUAAUCGCUCGUUUAUUUAUAGUCAAUUUUUUAACUUUUAAAAAUAAAUUCUUAAUUUAAAUUUAAAAUUUAUUUUUUUAACAUUUAAUGAUGAUAUUAAUAUGUAUAUAAAAUAGAUAAGUAGAAUGUAUACGUCAUAGAAAUCGAAGCAAUAAUUUUCUAAUUGGCUAAUAAAGUAUAUUAAUACAUUUUUUUUAUAUUUUUAUUUUUUAGUUAAAUUAUAAUUUAUAAAUCCUCUUAUACAUGAACUAAAUUAAUAAAUUAUUUACUACUUUAUUUAUUCCAUUUGUUUUUAUCAUUGAAAUAUCCAAUCGAGAAAAUAUUAAAAUUAUAAUAAAAAAAAGUUUUAAAAUUAUAAUAAAAAAUAAGAAACAGAUGAUUAUCUUUGUCUAAAGGGAUAAAGAAAAUAAAAAAAGUAUUAUCCGAUUAUCAGAUGCGCUUUCUUAUCUCAUAUCUAGCUAUUCAUCCGUUUAACUUUUCUCAUUUGACAAACUUACCACCUAUUAUUUAUAUCAUUGAAUGAUAAAUAAAUUGAAUCUUUAUUAUUUUUUAUUUAUUGAAUUUAGUUUUUGAAAAAGUUUUUAAUUUGAAAAAAUUGCAUAAAUCAAUUUCCAAUGAUUUUUAAAAAUCAAUAAAAAAAUGCAUACAUAAGAAUGUUUUUUAAUUUAAAAAAAUGAAGAAAUAUUUUUCAAUGCGAGAUUUGACAUUGAAUAGUUCGAUAUCGUUUUAAAUGUACUUAUAUUGAUGGGUUAAAAUGCAUGGGGUUCGUCACUUACGUCAAUGGACAUGUUAUCGGCAGUUAAAUGACUAAAACGUUCGAGAAAUUCAUUAAUUUACUCUUCAUGAUUGACUUGUCAUUUCGAUUUUAGGUUAGGAAUAUUAUUAUUCAUGUAGAUAUCUACAACAUCUACACACUUGUCUAUAAUAAUAUAAGUUUUUAUCAUAAAAUAUAUUUAUUAGGUAUAAUUUACAUAUUAUUUACGUAUUAUUUUAAUAAUAGUUAUAUAUUUUAUUUUGUAAAUUGUUUUAAUAAUAAUUACGAUAUGAUAUAUGGAAAAUUCAGAAAUGAAAUUGAUCGAUUUUGAAAUUGAUUUUUUGAAAGCUUUUAAAUUUUAGUUACCUGAGCAUAUAGAAGAUAAUUACUUCAUUAAUGGAUUUAAAAAAUAUUCUAUAUAGCACAAUAUUAUUAUAUAUUCCAUAGCUCAAUAUAAUUCAUAUAUCAUAAACAAAAUAUUUCACAAUACAGUAUUAUAAAACGAUAAAAGAGAUAUUUCAUAAAUAAUACAAUUUAUAUAACACUAUGAGAUAUUUUACAAAAUAAUGAAAUUAUAUAUUACGUAUUAUUAAUAAUAUUAUGGUCAAAAUAUACGAUACGGUACACCAUAGAUAAAGUAUCUCGUGAAUUUGUUCAUUAGAAAGAGAGUUGGUAUUAAUCCUAACUUCAGUUUAGUGAAUAGCAGUUAGAUUCGUGAGAUCGUUAUGUAUUAUAUAGUAUUGUGUUGCGAAAUAUGAAUUAUAUUGUGGCAUUUUAUGAAUUAUAUUAUGUGGAAUAUUUUGUUCGUAAUUACUAAGUGAUUAAUCUGUUUUUGACUUCUAUAUUUUACUAAUAUAUAAUUUUAUAUAUUUUUUUUGCUAAAGAAUUUAUUAUUUAUAAUCUAAAACACUUUAAUUUUAUUAAUCUUUGACUUCCGAAAUCAUAUAUUAUUAACCUCAAUAUCUCGAACUUUGUUUCAUCUAACUUUCUAUUGAAGUUCUCGUCUAUAAAUUCUGUCAAGUUACUAAUAAUCAAGUAUCUUCCUUGUAAUCUCAUAAAUAUUCUUCAAUUCAUUAUUAAAUAUUAAAAUCAUAUUAGAUAAGUUUAAUAUCACAAAAGAAAACAAUGUAAGUAAAAAUUUUAAUUUUUUGAAAUUAAUUUUUUGGAUAAAUUAGUUAUAAUGAUAAUAUAUUUUUGGUAAUAUCAUUUGAUUUUUAUUAUCGUUAAAUUUUUCACAAUUAUUUCAUUUGUAAUACUUUUUUCUUGAAUCUCUUCAUUCAUAAAUAAAACAAAGCAUAUAUAAAUCAUUUAUCGGCACAUAGGUUUAUAUUAAAAAAAAUAUUAGAAAAAUAUUAAUCAAUGGAGAAUGUGUUAAGCACUUUAAUGUGUGUGUAUUUCACAAAAAAAAUAUAGAGAAAAUAAAUUUCAUAGCGUAUAAAAGAGUCACUAGAUACAUGAUGAAAAAUUUUUAAUUGGCUAUUUGAAGUUACCGAAAUUACGUAUUUUUUCUUACUUUUAAAUUUUUUAAAUUUUAUAGUGAUCAUUCAUUUUUUAUAAUAGGUCAAAACCUUUUUUUAUUUUAAAUAAAAUCAAUUAACAUACCUUCAACAUAUUUUCUACGGGGUGUACCAGAUAAAAGAUUGUUCAAUUAAUUAUUUGAAGUCAUAUUUUUUCUCAUUUCAAAUUUCACAAUGAUGAUCCACAUUUUAAUUAGUCAAAAUUUCUUCUACUAGAUGUAUAGUAAAACCAUUUAUCUAUUUGAAAUUACCAUAUUUUCUAUUAGGUGUAUAACAAAAUCAAGAUUUCUCAAUUGACCAUAUUUUUUUCUUAUUUUAAAUUUCAUAGUAAUAAUCCUUAUUCUAAUAAAUCAGAACUUUUUCUACUUUUUUAAUAUAUGACAUUUUCUUCUAGAUAGGUGGUGUGAGGUUGUUACGCUGUCUCGCCAUCACGAGUAUUGAUCUCCGCGGAGCCUGUGUGAAUGGGCUAUAACCGUCUCACCCUAGAACCUGGAAACACAGAAUCUCCGUCCUUGUUUCGUUUCCUUAGCCUCCUUUUCCUUCGUCCUCUUUUCGUUUGGACUCAGGUCCAUUUUAUGUGGGUUGGAUUUCAUCGUUUUGGACUACAUCCUCCCAUGCACUUAUUACUGGCGCCUGUGGAAUGCUCUACCUUGACUCUGACCUAUUUCUCUAUUUUUUUCAAUUUUGUAUUUAGGAUUUGACUUAGGAUGACUUAGAAUUGGAUUGUAUAAUUUUUUUUAAUUUUAUUUAUUUUAAUUUCUCUGUAUUAUUUAUUUUUUCUCUUUUUUCAUUUUUUGUCAUCUUUUUCUGUUUUAGAUUUUUAAAUCUUCUUAAUAUGUGAUUAAAAAAAUUUGGGCCUAUGAAGUUUAAAUAAUCUGUAUAAUCUUAUUAUAAAAAUGAUAUCUUAUGUAUAUAAAAUUUUACUGAUAUACUUUGUAAAAAUGAUAUUAAUAUUAGAAUAAAAUGAUAGAAAAUGAUAGAUCAUGACUGAAGUUUGAAGACAAAGUAUUUUCAUGUCUAAAAAUCUGUAUAAUUGAUCAACUUCAAGCAAAACACCUAGUAAUUUCAGUUUUUAUAUUACAAGUAUGUAAAAUGUAUCUUUUACAAACAAAUCGAAAUCGAAACUCCUAGAUCAUGUGAGAAUUAAUUAAAUGCUACAUGUGUUCGUGUGAAGGAAUCACGCAUGCACGGUGUAAAGUUCAUCCAUUUGUGGAUCCGUCUUGCAUCCCCAACAAUGGAGGCCUCAAUUACAUCGGCCCAUAUCUCGACAAUAUCAAGCCACUUCUGGGCUCCAGCUGGGAAAACAGAAUUCGCUCGAUUCUCGACGAAUUCGUGUGUAAGCCGAAUUCGCAUUACGCGAAACAAUUUCCACGAGUGAAGAAAUUCUUGGAUAUGGUCGCCAUUUGGGCUAACGAUGUCCCUUGCAAAGACAUCAAACAGGAAGUGAUUAAGCACACGAUCGAGUGUAUGGUGAAGGAUAACUUGAUGACACAAUUUGCAGACCCGAUUCUUGAUAAUGGGCCGAAUAAAGUAGAUUCCGAUUCUUUGGCCACCAAGCAUAAUUCCUUACAAUGCAUGAAUGUUUGGAGGUUUAUCACCGAGAAAGAUUAUUGGUUGUGCCAAGAUUGCUCAACACCAAUCCACAUAGAUCCAAAAACUAAUCGAAAAAUCCACGAGAACAAUGGAGAGAGUUCGAACAGCGACUUGGACGUCGAGGUCGGUUCGAUCUCGCAGGAGCCAUCAUCCUAUUGCAGCUGUAGAACAACUUCCUGUGAUCGAGUUAACAAACAAGAAAUCGAGGCAUCAAUAUGCCAAGCCGAAAUCAAAAAACAAGAACUCGAAUUCGUCUUCCAAUUGAAUCUGCAGAAUCAAAUUCCAACAACAACAACAAAUUCCAACAAUUGUUGCACGGAAACACAAGACACGAUAAAAAUCAAAUGUGACUAUGACACAAAAUGCGUACACACUCAAACCAGCCAAACGAACUUGAACUUCAUUUUAACAACGAAUCAAUGCGAAUUAAUCAAACCCUGCGACGCUUCUAUCCACCCUAAACCCUGUUCAAAAAGAAUAAGCAUACAAGAAUCGAAUACGGUAUGUUGCGAUCAAAUUACAUUUCCCAAAAAUUCGAAAUUAAAAAUUUACAUAUACAAAACAAUGAGCACCGAUCGGUGCACGAUUCGAGAUAUGCCAAACGUAUCCAAUCUCUCACUUCCCUGCAAAUCGAAUCAGCUGAUCGUUCGACUAUUCGAGACGGAUCCGCUCUUGUUGGACCCUUGUUUGAUUUUGUUGAGGAAAAGAUUCGAGAAGGACGUGAACAAUGCUUGCUCGUGCAUAAACGACAUACUGAAGAAGUUCGACGACUCGAUGAUCAAGCACUUUCGCUUGAACUGCGAGAUCAGACAUGGCCGCGUCGAUUUGAAUCUGGUGUGUAAAAAUGGCAACAUGUCCAAAUCUCGAUGGUUUCUAGCCAGAAUACCGACCUGUACUAGCGUUCACAAACGUGAUUCGUGUCACAAGAACGUAGAGAGCUGCGAGAAAUACGGAGAGCCGCGAAAAUCGAUGGAGAUCCCAAUCGAUCCUGUAUGCGGCGAGGAAGUGAAGAUAGAAUGUUGCAAAGAAUUAGAGGAACGAAAAGGUACUUUCUAUUCUUUUUGUUCGAACGACAGUUCUGUAAGCAUGGAAUCAUCUGUGUCGGAGGUUGAAAAGGAGAAAGAAGAGGAAAAAGAGGUUAACUUCGUGUGGUCGAGAGAGGGGCCGAAGCAGAUGGAAUUUGUACUUUCUUCCAAGAAUGCGAUAAGCCCGAAGAGGAAGGGAAAGGCGAAAGUUUAUUUUGAGAUUGAUGUUGAAAAAACUAAGGAACAUGAUGAUGGAAUUAGCGAAAAGUCUGAAUCGUUUUUGAAUGAAGAAGAGGAAAAAACAAUAGUAGAGGAAUAUAAGAGCGAAGAAGUUGCGGAUGAAAAGAAUUUCAGAUGUGAAAAGAACGAGAUACGUGAAUUUGUCAUGGUAGGUACCGAGAAUGAAUUGACGUUAUGCGAGUAUGAUUACUCGUCUGAUAGUUUGAAGGAGAGUGUUCUUAGAGAAGAUCAAACGGGUAAAAUCCGCGACACUGAAAAAUCCUUUUCGAAUAACGAGUUUUUCUCAUCUGAUAAUCUAAAUCAACGUGAACAGGAAGAUUUGUGCGUGACUAAUGAAAAGAUAGAAAGUUUAAAAAAAGAUUAUAAAGAAUGUCAUCUAGAAGAAAAUUUUGUGGAAAUGCGAGAACCGGAAUGUUCGGAACACGAAGAAUAUUUGAAGGAUACUUCUUGUCCAAUAAUGAAAAAAGACAUUUCAAUGGGCAAUGAAAUAUGUACUUGUGAAUUAAGGAAUAAUACUCUUCAAAUAGAAAAUUGCAUAACACAAGAAACGAAUUUGUCAGAAUGUGUUGUAAAGUGUAAUUUUGAAUCAAGCAAAAAUAUUUGUCAGGUAGAAGAUACGUGUAAACGAGAAGUGAAUAUCUUGGAAAAGAAGAAAAAUUUGGAGGAAAAAUAUAGCGUGGAUUCUAUUUCAUUCGUGCAUUCGAACUCGACCAAGUGUUCCUGUUGCGGCAAGGCUCUCUCAAGCCCCUCCGACGAAGAAAUUAGUGAAACGAAUAAAUUUUGCACGAACAAAACGAUUCUUGACCCAAAAGUUCAAGAGACAUCAAACUUAAUUGGAACAGAAAACAUAUCGGCUAAUUUAAAACCUACGAAUCUUCAAUAUUGCAAAUUUCAAACUAGUUCGAUCAUUUCUUCAUCUCCCGAUCAAUGUUACAAUACUAUCAACAGCAACGCAACAGAUUCGCCACGAUCAUGUCCAAAUUGUGAACAAAACUUGGCUAAACAAUUUACUAGUGAAAAAAUUUCAGAUCCUCCCGUUGCCGAAUCUUUAUUUAUGUUCUGUAAAGAUUUCAACGUGACGAAUUUCUCUUCUACGUCCGAUGAGGAAAGCUUGAGUGAAAAUUUCGAGACGAGGGAUCAAGAAACGCGCGGGAAAUUCAAAUCGCCUUGCAAAAAAUCGACUCCACCGUGUCGUCGGAAAUUGAUACAUUAUACAACGUGCGAUAAUUCGUCAUGCCCUGCGAAAAACUUUCGUCGAGUCAGAUACGUAAAGCCCGAUUCGAAAUGCAAAUCGAGAGAGGCAGAUGGCGCUCGAGUCGUUGCACGACACAAAAGUCGUCGGGGAUCCGUGAUCCCAAGCAGUCUGUGUACCUCGUUUCCAGCGAUCGAUCGUAUCAAAUACCUGAUACGCAAGAAACUACGAAAAUUGCUUCUUGAGGAACGUGAUAAGGGAACGAGUACAUCAAAGACAUUUCUGAGAACCGACAAAUACCUGGUCAGUAUAUCGAGCGGAAAAUUGAACGGGGAGCGUGUUAUUUACGAACCUUGUCCAGGUAGAUCUUCGAUUCGUUGUCCUUUUACGGCCAGGAAUCGAUGCGAAACUGGUGAUCGGGCAACAGUGAAAACAUUUUCGGAGGGAAAAUCGUUAAACAAGAAUAAAAAUGUGAUUGGUGAUAUAAUCAAAGCAAAAUGCCAAAAAAUGAUCCAGAAUAAUGAUAUAUUAAAGAGAAUCAAGAUGGCGGAUGUUUUGAAAUCUCAGAAAUGUGAUUCGAAAAAAUUAUCGAUCGACGCGCGGGAUUUGAUCAAUAAAGAGAAAUCGAAAAUUAGAAAAUUGGAUAGUUAUUCGUUAAAAAGUAGAAGUUUGAAGGAUGAUCGUUCGAGUGUUGUGUCUUUGAAUUCGACCAGAGUGGUUUUCUUCGAAGAUGAGGGUGAUCAUUUUAUAAAUCGAAGCUUUCUUCGUGAAAAAAAUUUCGUGUUGAGGAGGGAUAACAGAAACGUGGCGAAUAAUUGUGAAUUAAAGAAAGAUUUUUUCAUCGAUUCGAGAUCAAUAAGAAGUUAUUCUAGAAAAAACUGCGAACGUAAUUUCGUUGGAAACGAAACGAAAACGGAGAAUAGAACUUGCUCUGAUAAAAUGAGAUCUUUUGAGAAACGUUUGUACAAGCUUGAGAGAAAGCAAAAGGAGGAUAAUAAUCUCACGAUUUUUCUCGACGAUUACGAGAGACUGAUUAGCGAGCUCGACGCGGAUUUUAGGAUGAAAUUGUUGCAAUACGUGACGCUUUGCAGAAGUGUAAAGAAUUGUUUGAUGAAAAGAUUGCGAUCAGAUGACGUUUGUGAGAGUUCAACUUCCGUAUAACAAAGGAGAGGGGAGAGGUCGAUUUAAUCGAUGGAUCGAUGAAUUGAUUUUGAUCGAUAAAUAAUUUUAUAUCAUUCCUUUUCAUUGUCAUUUUAUUGUUUAAGAUUUUUGUUUAAGAUAUGCCUUCUUUUAGGUAUGUUGAUGUAAUAUAGUUUUUUUGGAAAUGUAGAAGAGAAAUAGUGCUGUAUGUGGAAUUGUUUUUGACAAAUGAAUUGGAGAGAAGAAUGAAUAAAUAUUUUUACAAUUUUUUCCAAUUGUAUAUAUAGUUUGUAUGUUUUUCAUUUGUUUGUUAGAAGAAGAUAUUUCAAAUAUUUAAAAUUGUUUUCAAUUUAAUAUAUUGUAAAUUUUCAAUAUAGUAAAUUGUUUUAAUAAUUCAAUGUUGUAGUUUAUAUUCAAUAAUUUAUUAAACUAAAAAGAAAAAUUUAAUUAUUUUUCAUAUAGCAAAAAUUUAAAAAUAUUCAAAUUGUAUCAUAGAAUACAUUUUCCCAGAAAAUACUAAUUUUUAUUAUUAAUAUACAAUUUUUAAAUUAAUAAAUAUUACAAAAAAUUUAA